CUAAAACUGCCACCCUAUUGAUUACUAUCUUGAAAUUAAAUCAAAUCACCCAUUAAUAAAGUGUCCGGACCACACAGGUUUGGCCGGAGAUGAAUCUCUCCGGUGCCUGGACCUUUUCCGGCGUCUCAGAGCUGCCGGCGCUGGUGGCAGGACAGUUCAAAUCCUUCAAACCCCCGGCGGCGGCCCCCGCCGUCCUCAACGCUCUCGUCUUCGUAUGCUGCUCGGCGACUGUUUUGCUGUUCGUGGAGUGGAUGUACAUGGGGGUUGUGAUUGCCGCUGUCAAAUUGGCUCGGAGAACGCCGGAGAAGCGGUUCCGGUGGGAGCCGCUGGAGGAAGACGGCGGCGACGCCGAGCUCGGAAACGCCUCUUUCCCAAUGGUUCUCGUUCAAAUCCCAAUGUACAAUGAGAAAGAGGUGUAUAAGCUUUCAAUUGGUGCUGUGUGUGGGCUUUCAUGGCCUUCUGACAGGUUCAUAGUCCAAGUUCUUGAUGAUUCAACAGACUCCACAAUUAAGGAAAUGGUGGAAAUGGAGUGCCAAAGAUGGGCAAGCAAUGGGAUAGACAUAAAGUAUGAGAUCCGAGACAACAGAUAUGGGUAUAAGGCUGGUGCAUUGAGUGAAGGGAUGAAGCAUUGUUAUGUCAAGGAGUGUGAAUUUGUUGUCAUCUUUGAUGCCGAUUUUCAACCCGAGCCCGAUUUCCUCCGCCGCACCAUCCCCUUUCUUGUCCAUAACCCCAACCUCGCUCUCGUUCAAGCCCGUUGGAAAUUCGUGAAUGCUGAUGAAUGCUUGAUGACAAGAUUCCAAGAGAUGUCUUUGAAUUUUCACUUCAGUGUGGAGCAAGAAGUUGGCUCUUCAACCUACUCUUUUUUCUCCUUCAAUGGAACAGCAGGUGUUUGGAGAAUCGCGGCGAUUGAGGAGGCGGGCGGGUGGAAUCACCGGACAACCGUCGAGGACAUGGACUUGGCGGUCCGGGCUAGUCUCAAGGGCUGGAAGUUUUUGUACCUCAGCUCUGUUAGGGUAAAGAGUGAAUUACCCAGUACAUUUAAGGCAUUAAGGAACCAGCAACAUAGAUGGUCUUGUGGCCCUGCAAAUCUCUUCAGAAAAAUGAUGAUGGAGAUAGUGAGAAAUAAGAAUGUGAAUCUUUGGAAGAAGAUUUAUAUAAUCUACAGCUUCUUCUUUGUGAGAAAGGUGAUUGCUCAUGUUGGGACUUUUGUGUUUUACUGUUUGGUAUUGCCCACAACAUGUUUGGUUGCUGAGGUUGAUGUUCCACUUUGGACUACUUGUUAUUUGCCUUCUAUGAUCACUUUUCUCAAUAUUCUUGGAACCCCAAGGUCAGUUCAUUUGCUGGCAUUCUGGAUCCUCUUUGAGAAUGUUAUGGCGGUUCAUCGGGCCAAGGCCACUUUAAUGGGCCUUUUUGGAGUGGGCCGGGUCAAUGAGUGGGUUGUCACUGAGAAAUUAGGGGAUGGUCCAAAGUUGAAACCGGCCCAUAAAGAGUCCAGAAAACCUUCUUUCAAGAUUGUGGAAAGAAUGUACGUUUUGGAGCUCUCUCUUGGGGCAUAUCUCUUGUUCUGUGGGACAUAUGACCUUAUUUUCGGAAGACGACAAUAUUGUUGGUAUGUACUGCUUCAAGCGGUUGCAUUUUUUAUUGCUGGAUUCGGAUACAUUGGCACAUUCGUUCCCGCGAGUUCUUAGAAGCAUCAAAUGCGAUCUUAUGAAAGAAAUAAGAAUGAAUCUGGUGUUUUAGAUUGUGAGAUCUAAGGGUCAGGAUUGCAUCAAAAUUAGGUGCACCAAGAUGGUUUGAAAAUGCAUCAUGUCGAAAUGCACCAAAAUCUUUGAAAAAUGCACUAUCUCAAAAUCUGAGUGCAAGAUGCAAUCUGAGCCGUACGAUGCAUCCAAUCCAAAGACUAGAUUUUAUUCUUAUUUCUUUCACUAAGGUGCAUUCUCACUUGAAUCGGCU